AUGCCUUUAGAGCAGUCCGCGCACCUACCAAGUAAUAAAUUGAAGAAAUCUAGUAAGGUUCGAGUAAUAUCAGAUGUCAGAAUAACCAGAUCAGAACCAGCUUUGAAGAAACGUUCUCUAGAAGCACAUCAUCCACCGAAAAAGUUGUUAAAGAAAUGUAUUACCGAUGUUGAAACUGAUCCCAUUGUUAUCGAAGAUGCUUCUCAGUCCGAAAAACAGAAAAUAGUAUCGCCUAUUACAGAAGAUAGAUUAUCGCCCGACUUGCUAGAAGUAUCAUCAAAGGAGAAGGUUACUACUACUGAUGCGGUCAUCGUAGAGGAUUCUCCUAAUCCUGAAGUGCAUAAAAAAGCAACGUUAGUUGUUACAGUUGCUCAAGUACAUACAUCAUAUCAGGGAACAUCAAGAAUCCCCUUUGCUGAAAAUGAAUUAGAUGAAUGUCUUAAACAGAAAAACGUUCUGCCAAAUGAUUCUGGAAAUGGCCCAGCACCAAUCUUUCCAAAUAAGUCAACGGAUAAACAUAUUACUGAGCCUGAUUUAACAAUCAUAGCACACAAACAGAAUCAACCAUCGUCAAGCGAUACUGAUUCUGAUGUAACCUUCAUAGACAAUGCUCCUACAUGUCAUUCACAGGAAAAAAUACAGGGUAUAACAAAAAAGUCCACUACUGAUACUGACUCAGAUGUAAUGAUUGUAGAGGGCAAUUCUGAGAACGAUGUAAUAUAUUUAGAAGACACCUACAGGUCUGACAAACAGGAUAAAGUUUCAUUAUUUGAUUCUGAUCCAGAUCUAACCUUCAUAGAAGAUCCUUCUGCGUCUUGUGUGCGAAGAGAACCAACGUCAAGAGACGAUCAAAAUCAAGAUGUGCCACAAAAUAUAUCAACAGUCGUAUUCACAGAAAGUACUAAGACUAAUAAACAGAAAAAAGCGUCGCGAACUGAAGCUGAAGGUAUCCAACCACCUGGUUGUUCAGGGGGGUCCUCAGGAAAUCAACCUAUUCAGUCGGAUAUAAUAACUAUUGAGGACACCUCUAGGCCUGAUGCUCAGAACAGACCAUCCCUUGAUACAGAAGCUGCGUUAUCAUUUGACUUAACAGAUUCUGACAAUGUUGUUAUCUUAGAGGAUUCGACUGAACGUAACAGUCUUUCGGUCCAACUUGAACGACUUGAAGAACAUUUGACCACUUCAGAUCAUCAAGAUUCUGUCGUGUUCAGACGAAGUGAUAGUUCUGGUAUUACAAAAAAGACGAAAAGUGCUAUCAGCACCAACCCUAAACAAGGCUCCAUUAGAGUUGCGAGCUUUGCAGCACAUUCAUCUCAGUCUACCAAAGUGGCUGCACCAAAGAUUAUCGUGACUCCUGCUAGUCCAGUUACAUUUGUAGCAUCUCCUCCAGGAAGACCAAUGCCUGCAGCUACACCUCGUUCUACUUUAGCUCCACCAAAUCAAUCGCCCUUUGUUAGAUUAACAAGGCUUCCAACUGCUAUUACAUCACAACAGGCUACACCGUUUCGUGGUCCCAGCCCUGUAAUGCGUUUUAUGCCAUUUGCAGCUCCUGUACCGCCGUAUCAUUUUCAGCAGCGAUGGGUACCUGGACAAGGAAUUCCUUCGCAGAUGAAUGCGUUACACAGAAUUCCAUUUAGAACUCCGAUGCCUCGUCCGUUCAUGCCCGGAAGUUCUACAGAUCCUGCGUUAUUAAGGGCGAUGAGCAUGUCUCGCAGACCGCAGUAG